AUGACCAAACACCCUGGGAAGAGGAUUAGGAUCUAUGAGAUUGCUGGCCUUUUUGGUCAAGCCUACAGCCAGGCUGCCAGUGUGGGAAAGGGGGUGGAAGGAUUCAGGACCUGUGGCCAUAGGCCAUGUAACAGGGACAUUUUUGGAGAAGAGGACUUCAGGGCAGCGGAGGUCACCGAGGAGCCGGAACCUGCUCCACAGCCUAUUACAAACACCUCCAAGGCUGUACCAACUCCCCCUGGGGCGUCUUACCCCAGUAGGGGGGGGCAUCUUACCCAGGCCCUGGGGAGCCAUCCAAAAACAUUUGGCGACAUUGGCAAGCACGGUGAUACUGCUGGAGACAGGUGUCACUCUCUUCUGCAACAAGUAAGAACAAGAGUGGAGUACAAAAAUAGGAGUGCUAAUACUCUUGCUUGAUGCCACAGAGAAGGAAGACCGCGCACGGGAAUGGCAGGAGAGGCCAGACUGGCAAGAGGUCCUGUUGACCAAUACGGGUGUGUGAGGUGGGGCCCAGCAGAUUUGCCAGAGGGGGAGACUACUUGGGUUCUAAAAAUACAUUUGUAUGUCUGUAUAUACACAGAGGAAGGAAUGAGUGGGGCAGAGAGAGCAGAACCAAUAAUGAAAAAGACAUACGUCAUCCUGCGGAAAUACCUUAACAAAGUGCCUGCCCCAGCGAUGCCCGAGAUCAAACUGGAGUGGCUGUUUCUCUUCUCUCAGAAAUGCCUAUUCUCACACUUUGGCCUCCUGACAGACAUCGAUGUCCUUCAAAAACUGCAGGAGGCAAUUAGUCGACGAGGACAGACCAUCCUGGAUUACUGUGCAACACUGGACAACCCCAAGAUCCGCGAUGUUCUGGCCUGCUAUGAUCCAGACUCUGACAAGGCUGCCUGCGUCCUGCUGCUCCUAAUGUCGUACUUCAAAGAGCCGAAAGAGAAUUUGAUGCUUGAACCAUGUGCCACUGCUGUGGACGUUAAUACUGCAGAACUCCCCAGCACCCCCUGCUUGAUCAUUCAAGGUGACAUGAUGAAGCCCUCUGGAUGGCUCAUAUCCAUCGAGGGACAUGUCGUAAUGGGCCCACACCCUUUGUUUUUACACGGAGUAGCUGCUUUCUUCAGCAGCGAGUAUGUCUUCACCCUUGAGUAUCCUGCCACUGGAUCGUCGCCGCUGGAGUUCAUUCAAAGCCAACUGACCGUCAGCCAAUCAGCUGACAGCGACGCUGAAGCCCAACAGACUCAGCCAAGUCUGACCACACCAAGGUUAUACAGGUAA